AUGCGCGGAAUUGCAUGCGUGUCAUUGUAUGCGUGGAAUAUUAAGCCAGGUUGUAUAUAUACCACAGACUGCACGAGGGUCAAGCUGAUUUUCACCCACCUGUUUCUUGUAGCGGUCAACGGUUUCCCAUCGAUAUUGCCACGGGUCCCGUAUAACCCAAUACCGAAAUGGGGGGUCAAAUUCGACCCUGGAGCCAAUCCCGAGGUGGUGUAG